AUGUCGGAUAGAGGCAAAUCUUUUGGUGUACCCACUGCGAAAACCGUGAAAUCGAAGCGACCCGCUUCAACGACGUCCACUUCGACUUCACGUAGAAUUCCCGCCAAUGCAGCUAGAGAAAAAAAUGUCUCGGCUCGAGGUACGAAGGUGAACAAAAAUGCGACGAUAAUCGGCGAUGCAGACAUCACGAUUAGCAAGCCUGACGUGUCCGGGCCGGAGUUUGAAGCCGAGUAUCGUCAGAUCGCUUACGGGAAAUUCAUGCGUACCAUGCUUGAAGAAUGUUUGGUCGAUGAGAAAAUCGAGCGCGAAGAAACCCAAAUGGACAUCCAAAUGGCACAGUUAGCGGACAGAUUCAAGAAGACGAUGGACCACCUGGAUAAAACCAAUCGAAGGUUGAAGGAAAUAUCCUUUGUGGUGGAGCAGAAAAGAUUGCUCGAUCUUAAAUCAAAUGACUACACGCAAUUCCAUGAGCUAUCGCAGAAAUCCGACAUUCAAAAUAUGCUAAGCAAUCUAGCGGCCACUGAGCAAACAUUGCUUGAUAAACUCGAGACUAAAAAUGUCGAUUUUGGGUACGACAAGGAAAGCGGCCACAAACAGUUGCUGGACGCGGUCAAUGAUGCGAUAACUGGCUUGGAGGAAAUAAAGAAACAUUCCAACUUGGAUAUCAAUAAGUUCAAAGAAUAUGAGAGAAGUAAAGUGAGUCUGACUAAAUUGGAAGAAGAGAGAUUCAAUUUGGAGAGCCUGAGAUUGGAUUUUGCCGCAAAAUUCCCCAACUUCAGCGAGAAAUUGCUCAAGGAGGCCUCAGAUAAGAUAGCAAUGAUGAUGGAUGGUAAUGAGGAUGAUGAAACUGAAGAUGAAGAU